AUGGAUAUAUUCCCGGAUGAGCUCGAUUUUUUGACUCAGCUAGCCGAUAUUGAGAAUUCCGUUGACAUGACCUCCUGGAUGUGGACACCAGAUAUGCUCUCGGUCUCUGGGGAUCACAGUAUCAUGACCGGUGCGAGCUAUCCGCUGAUUGCGCCGUAUACCGCCAUCCCCGAACGGAUGUUGUAUCCUGAUACUUUCCGAUUGCCAAGUGAAUACAUACUCACACUCGAAAGCGAUACUACCAUCCCUUUGGAAAGGCUUGAAAUGUACUCGCGACUAUUCUUUACACAUUUCCAAGCUUUGCUGCCCAUAAUCCACGUUCCCACAUUUUGUCUGGCAUCAGCUCCAGUAGUACUUGUCCGUGCAAUUUGUCUGAUCGGAGCCAGGCUUGACGCCGACCCUAUAUCAUUUUCAGAUGCAGGGGUUUUCUACGGAUCUCUCCCGUCACUGUUCGCAAAAGGAUGUCUUCAUUCCGACGGAGUAGCGCCAAAUUUUGAAGAAUUACAAGCACUUGUAUUGUUCCAAUUCGCCAGCAUGGCAAAUGGAGGAAGUGCUGAACGAGCCGCGUCGCGAAUGUUACAUCCACUGCUUGUUUCUGCUGUGCGUCAAGCCGGCCUUCUAAAAGUCCACGGGGAGUGUACGAAAGCCACACGGAAGGCAAGCUCAUGGAAAACCUGGAUCCAGAAAGAAUCACAAAAGCGAGUUCUUUGGGGUGUCUAUGCGAUAGACUGCUAUCAAUCCAUUCUUUGUGGUAGUCGACCACUUCUUUCGCCAUCGGAAACUCGCGCUUCUUUUCCUUGCGACAAUUCAAGCUGGGAUGCAUAUUCUGCCUCGUCCUGGGCUGCUUUACCCGCACAAGACCCGUCUAGCUGUUUCUUGAGCUCGAUCAAGAGUUUAUUGCUUGGAAAAUCUCCGUCCCUGUCAAAUAUGACAGCCUUUGGUAUGAAUCUGCUUAUUCUAGCUGUUCAUGCCUUGCUUCUUGAAGCCCAGACGUCAAUACUUCCUGUUGACCUCUCGGCUCUCCAUCAAGCUCUUCGGGCCUGGCAUGCUUUAUGGGAGGAGUCUCGGGGACAGUUCGCUUGCAAUUCUGAGCUUAACCCGGAAAUCUUUUUAAUCUCCAAUAGUCUUUCUUUGUAUUAUCUCGCAACUCACUUUUUACAAAGUGGACGCCCGGUAUUGAGCGAGAAAGCCUAUAUGGAAAAGUCCUCGAAUUCCGGGAACCCAUUGAUCAUUAAAGAGCAGAUAUAUCAGGAUGAAAUGAUGCGAUGUGUUAGGGGAAUGCUGAGGGAACUCCAGUAG